AUGUCCACUCCGGGAAAAUAUGUUCGUGCUCCAUCAGUUGAUCCAGAAAGCGGAACGGAUGAAUCGGCGUGUGGUGAUGAAGGUAAUGGGUUGUACGCUCGUGCUCCUCGCAGCCCAGUCGAUAGUGAUCCGGUUGAUGAGGUUGACGACCACCAAAUUGCCCCACCGGACCAUCAGCUUGAGCUUGAAAACCGCAUAAAGGAACUUGAAAAUGUUAUCAUGGAACUAAAGAAGGAUGGCAACGUCACUUGCCCGGAUAAUCCAGCUUUGAAUCCGGCAGCCACCCCGGCCAGCACUCUACACGUCCCAUCGAACAUCGCUGCCGAAAGCACUAUUCGCUGGGAUAGUAUCACCCCGUUUCCGAAGAAUGUCCCAGCAACCAAGAUGUGGGAGGCAUGGACUUGCUUUAUCGAAGAUUUCCAAAUGGCCACAUCACUGUCAAACAUCCACAAUCCGAAACGUCGUGUUGAUUUACUGCAGCUAUCCAUGGGCGAGGAAUUGAAAGGGAUUGUCCGUGCUGCCAAGCUUCGACCAGAUUCAGGAGACGAAAACUGCUACGACACAUUUGUGAAGAACAUCGAUCUGUAUCUGAAGUCAAUGACCGAUCCAGCUGCAGAACACGAAAGCUUUUCCACUAUGCGUCAAGAGGAAGGUGAGUCUGCCGUAAAUUUUCAUGCGAGAUUGACAAGGAAGGUUCAGCUGUGCGGCUACAGUCAGAAUGACCAGGACCGGUUUGUUCGAACCCAGCUUCUGAGGGGCCUACGGAAUGAAGAGCUCAAGAAAGCUGCUCGUACAUAUGGCCAUGAUUCGAACUUCAUUGUUCAGUCAGCAACUCGCGCAGAGGCAUAUCAAGCGGAAAAGAUGGAGAAGGCGUCCUCUGUGAUUGAGUCGAAUGCGGUAACAGCAGGUACUAGUCAGUAUCGUGGUUCCCAGGAUCGUUUCAAACGCAGAGCUGAAAAUCAACCCAAGUUCGGAAACCAAGCGAAGAAAUUCCAGCCAAACAGAACGUCGUCGUACAGAGACAGAGCACACGUGAGCCGUCGAUCCAGAUGCGUCAGGUGUUUUCGUUCGUCGCACAGGAGCGACGAGGAAUGUCCAGCAAAAAGGAAGAAUUGUAAUUCUUGUGGCGGCCUUGGACAUUUUGCGGUUGCGUGCCGUGAUCAACGGGUAAAUGCGGUCAAGAACGAGAGUCUUCCUGGCGAAGUUGAGGAAUCGAAGGAACAGCAAAUCAAUGCUCUUUCGCUCGAAGACGUGCUUAUCGAUUGUCGAAUCGGUUCAUCUCUCCCGAUAAAGUUCCUAAUAGAUUCAGGAUCGGAUGUGAACGUCCUGGGAGGGGCUGACUGGGACAUCUUGGAAAAGCAGCUUGAAGAGGGGGUCGUUAAAAUUAUUCCUUCGGAGAAGCUCUCCUGCCAUAAUCUGCAAGGCUACGCCGCUAACGAACCGAUGAAGGUUGAGAGGGCAUUCACAGCAACAAUUGAGGUGAGUGGUAAUCAGUCCGAAUCAAAGGUUACUGCCGAGUUCAUUGUUGUAAGGAAAGGCAGGCGAUCCUUGCUAGGAAGAAGCACGGCCAGUGACAUGGGACUUCUGAAAGUAGGAGAAUCGAUUAAUAACUGCGAGCCGGUAUUGUUCCCCAAAAUGCCCGGAGUCAAGGUUAAGUUCAGCGUGGACGAAUCAAUUCCACCUGUACGCAACGCCUAUUAUAAUAUCACUGCUGCGUACCGCGAAGCUGCUCGUCGAAGGCUUGAAGAUAUGGAGGCACAGGGGAUCAUAGAAAAGGUUGUCACUGCACCGCAAUGGAUAAGUGGCAUGUCCGCAGUCCCAAAAGGGAAAGACGAUUUUCGCCUGGUUGUGAAUAUGCGGGCCCCAAACAAAGCUAUCAAGCGAGAAUACUUUCGGAUGCCAUGCAUGGAUGAAAUGAGAAUAAAGCUACAUGGCGCAAAGUUUUUCUCUAAACUAGAUCUCGCUAAUGCGUUCUACCACCUCGAGCUGAGUGAGGAGUCGCGGGAUUUAACAACGUUUCUUUCGGAAAAUGGCAUGUUCCGUUUUACUCGUUUGAUGUUUGGGGUCAAUUGUGCGCCGGAGGUGUUCCAGCGGGAAAUGACGCGCAUCCUCAAGGACAUCAAGAAUAAAAUUGUGUACAUAGACGACGUGUUGUUAUUCGCGGACACAAUCGAGGAGCUGAGGAAAACGGUUUCACAGGUUUUGCAGAUAUUGCGUGCGAAUAAUCUCUCAUUGAACAACGAUAAAUGCCAGUUCGAUCGUACUCACAUCACGUUUUUGGGUCACGAAAUCGAUGAGAACGGUUUCCAUAUCGAGGAAACGAAGGUUAAAGAUAUACAAAAAUUUCGGCAACCAACAACUGCGUCCGAACUAAGGAGUUUUCUUGGACUAGCCUCUUUUGUGAGCUCGUACAUUAAAAGUUUUGCGGAUAUCUCUCGCCCGUUAUGGGCCGUUGCAUCUUCGCAAAAUUGGAACUGGGGAGAAGAUCAGAAAAAUGCAUUCGAGGCAAUCAAAGAUCGUAUAAUACACUCUACUGUGUCCCUUGGAUACUUCUCGGAAUUCGACCAGACCUUCCUUUACACUGAUGCCUCUCCAUGCGCUCUAGGAGCAGUAUUGGUCCAGCAAAAUGAAGACGGAAUAUAUCGGAUUAUAAGCUUCGCUUCAAAGUCGCUGACCUCAACGGAGAAGAAAUACGCCCAGAACCAGCGAGAAGCUUUGAGCGCCGUAUGGGCCGUGGAGCACUUCUCCUAUUUCUUGCUCGGAAGGCGCUUCAUACUACGCACAGAUGCUCAAGGAAUGGCUUUCAUUCUACGAAGGUCACGAGAGGAAUCAAAAAGGGCUCUAACGAGAGCGGACGGUUGGGCUUUACGUUUAAGCCCAUACUAUUAUGACAUUGAGUAUAUUCGAGGAUGUGAGAAUAUUGCAGACCCCUCAUCUCGUCUGUAUGAAGGAGACGACGAGGCCUUCAAUGAAGAAGUAAGCCCAUGGGAGAUUCGUCUUUUGGAGUCGCAGUCCAAUGAUUUCCUCACUGAAGAGGAAAUAAAAGAGUCAACGAAGAAGGAUGAUACACUUCUCCAGGUAAUUUCCUCGCUGGAAUCAGGAAAGUGGCCCAAGCAUUUGCUGAAGUUCAAGGCAGUUGUACACGAACUUCAGUAUUCAAACGGGAUACUGCACAAAAACGGGUGUGCGGUCAUCCCUCACAAUUUGCGUGACAAAGCACUCGAAGUAGCACACUCGGGUCAUCCAUUGGAAGCAAAAUUUAAGAGCAUCUUGAGGAGACGCGUUUGGUGGCCAAAAAUGUCGAGCGACGCAGAAAAGUGGGUAAAAUCGUGUGCUGCUUGUGCGGUGAAUGGACGACCAGAGAGACCGACUCCUAUGCAGAGAUCCUUCGCUCCCAAGGCUGUUUGGGAGACGAUUGCGCUCGACUUCAACGGACCGUACUUGAAAUUCGGAAACAUCAUGAUUCUGGUGGUGAUUGAUCUGAGAUCGAGAUAUGCAAUUGCGCGUCCUGUUAAGUCGACAAAAUUCGAAUACACAAAAGCAGUGCUGGAUUCCAUUUUUGAGAGGGAGGGUUUUCCGAGAGCCAUCAAAUCGGACAAUGGACCUCCAUUCAACGGAGACGAAUAUUCACGUUACUGUAACGAACGUGGCAUUCAGGUCAUAUUCUCGACCCCAUUUUACCCACAGCAAAACGGGCUAGUGGAGGGGUUCAUGAAAGUUGUCAACAAAGCUAUGUGCACUGCAGUGUCUACAGGCAACAACUAUAUCGACGAAUUGCAAGCUGCAGUGAAAGCGUAUAAUGCCGCAGAUCACACAAUCACCAAAGUUCCGCCCGAGGAAGUUCUUACGGGGCGUAAAAUCAAGCGUGGGUUGCCACUCCUACGUCACGGGGAGUCACAACACGACGCAAACGUGCUGGAUACCCGUGAUCGUGAAGCAAAAUUGCAGUCCAAGGAUCGGGAAGAUUCUCGUCGUGGUGCCAAGGCCUGUCGAGUGAAGCCGGGUGACUCAGUGAUCGUGGAACGCCAGUUGAGGACGAAGGGCGAUAGUAGAUUCGGGAUGAAGCGAUUCGUUGUAUCCGAGGAACGCAACGGGAGUCUGAUUCUUUGUGAUCCAGAAGGUCAACAGCUUAGACGUCAUGUGUCCCAGACAAAAAAGGUCGGCGUGUGGCGGGAGCAGAAAACAGCGGGUGUUCAGGUUGAAAGUCCAGGAAUAGCCUCCAACAGUGACCCAAACCAGCGUCCAGCGAGAGAGAAAAGGACACCAUCCUAUCUCUCUGAUUACAUCCGUUUGGUUGAUGAGCAUCCACUCGACCUGAGCAAGAAAGGGAAGAAUUAG